AUGAAGAUAUUUUGGUUCGCUGCGAUUCUCAAUAAUGUUGGCGCUUUUAUGGACUGCUCAAAAGGGUCUGAUUCGGCAAAAUCGAGCUUGGAGUUUGUUGUGACUCCCUUUUUCCCAAGGCGAACUGCAAGAGUUGUCCAGUGCAAAUAUACGAUAACGUGUAAUUUCGGCGACUACAUCAAGCUGAUCCCAGAUAUCAUCGAAAUCCCGUGCAACGGAGACAAUGGAAUUUAUGUACAAGAAAAGGGCGGAAUGGCUGGCCCAUUUUGCGGGAAGAAACACAUGCCCGCCUUUGUCUCAAAAGAUGUUACAGUUGAUAUUUACAUCAACAUCGAAGCUGUAAUUCCAGCUAACGGUGCACGUGCGAAGCUAGGCUACAAAACUGUUUCAAAACCUGCCGGUCCACCAAUCCGGGGUGGUCGCGGCUUGCCCGACUCGCUUAAAUCCGGCCUAAAUCGGCCAGAUGCAAACUCCCAAACAGAUCCGAACUUGGAGCGAAAUAGGCAGUUACAAAAGUCGCAAGAUGCCAUGUACGAGGUUGAAAACGACCCAAGUGAAUUCAGAAGAAUGUAUGACGCGAAGAAUGCUAACCGCUGGAUUUCUGAAACUUCCAACGAACGAGUCCAGCCCGUCAACACCUUUAACCGAGGUCGUGCUUACGAUGAUUAUGGAUCACGUGGACUCGAUAGCGUACUUCUUUCGGGAUCAAAGGAUGGUCAAAUGGCCAAGAUGGCCGUUCCAGUUGUGGUUUUGAUGAUUCUCGUCGCCAUCGUCGUUCCAAUUAUGCACCAACGCCGGCAAAAGAUGAAGCAAGAUCUUCAAAAGAUCCAGCCAGAAGAAAAGAAAGCUCCAGCUGCAAGACCAAAUUACUUGGAUGAUUUGAAAAAGGAACCUGAUUUCAUUCCCAUCACUCCUCCAGAAACUCUCCAAAAGAAAGAAGAAGAAGCCAAACAGAAUUCAAUUUUAUCUAAGAAAAACGCGAAAAGUACAGACAUAAUCAAAGUCCCUCCUGCUCCAGCAAACACAAUCUCCAACAAGAACGAUUCCGGAAUAGAAAAAACUGAAGAACAAGAACACAAGCCUGUUAAAACUAUCUCCACUGAAUCAAAAGAUUCUCAAGCGACAACCGCGCCUUCGAUGAUUUCUGAGGUGAAGUCGGAGACAACAACGACUAUCGGUGUCUCUGUUUCUGGUCGCCCGGGUCGACCAAGAAAAAGCUCGCAGCCAAAAGAUGAGGAUCGGCCUUCUUAUUAG